UACGUGUAGAGUGAUGCUACUUGCACAAGAGAACAAGAUGUUGCAUGAGUCUAAAUGGAUAAGUAGUCUUGCUUGGGUUUUCAGAAGAAAAGGAACCACUUGCUUAGUAGUGGGCAUGUUUUGUGUGAAAAUCAUUUCGUGUAUAUAUCUGUUCUUGAAAGAAGUCAGGCUUAGAGGGAUAAUCCCAGUAAAAAAGAUAAAUAUGUUUGAGAUAAGAAAGCAUUGGUUUGUUGACUUCACUUAAUGAUUAUGGGUUUAAAACUUCAUAAUUAUAAAUAGAGAAAUGGAAUUUCAAAUGUCGUUUCUAUUUGGCACACUUCAACAUGUGAAUAAUUUGUGCAUUUUUUUCUGCAGAUUUUAACAUGUGGGUUUCCACCAUUAGAAGAUAGAGAUAAAUCACUUCAAGUGGUUGCAGGGCAAGACUUUUUCGGUGGUGGUACUUUUACAAAAGAGGAAACGAUCAGACUGGCAGAGAUGGAGAAAAGAGCAGUCAAUGACAUGUUUGUCAUACUAUCUGAAAUUUGGCUAGACAAGGAAGAGGCUUUGGGAAAGCUAGAGAUUGUUCUUGAUGGUUUUGAGAGUGUAGAAGUGGUUCCUUCCUUAUUUGUUUUCAUGGGAAACUUCUGUUCUAAACCAUGUAACCUUGCAAAUUCCGAUUAUUCGAGCCUAAGGUUGCAGUUUGGCAAGCUAGGGCAAAUUAUUGCUGCCCGUCCACGGCUAAAAGAGAACAGCCGAUUUCUUUUUAUUCCAGGUCCUGAUGAUGCAGGUCCUUCAACAGCUCUUCCUAGGUGUGCUCUACCUAAAUAUUUAACUGAGGAGCUUCAAAAGUAUAUUCCCGAAGCCAUAUUUUCAAGCAAUCCCUGCAGGGUAAAAUUCUAUACCCAAGAAGUUGUAUUUUUCCGCCAGGAUCUGCUGUAUAGAAUGCGUCGUUCUUGUUUAAUGCCGCCUUCUGUGACAGAAACUGCAGAUCCUUUUCAGCAUUUUGUUGCCACCAUAACCCAUCAGAGUCAUCUCUGUCCACUCCCUCUAACUGUACAACCCAUCAUAUGGAAUUAUGACCAUUGCCUUCAUUUGUAUCCAACUCGGCACACGGCACUGUUAAUAGUUUGAAUUGUUUCGUUUUCCUUUUUGUAUAUAACCUAGCAGUUUCUUUUAUCUUCACUUUUAUCUAUUCUUUUUGGUAUUUCACAUUUCAAUAUCUUGAAACAAUUUGGGCCAACCGUUCAAGAUGUGAUGACAGUAAUAUGAUCUUGUAAAUAUUACUUGUUAUUCUUUAUGACUCAGCAUGGAAAGAAUGUUCUGCUGUUGUAAUUGCAGAUAGUUUUAGGAGACAGAAGUCCGCAGAAGGCUUUCAAGUACACAGGAAUCACUUGUUUUAAUACCGGAUCUUUCUCCGAGGAUAGCACAUUUGUUGCAUACCGCCCUUGCUCUCAGGAAGUUGAAUUGUCAUCCUUGUGAACAUUUUUUUGGGUUGUCAUCUCCUAAUUAUCAGCAUGUCAGACAUGCCGGUGUCACCAUAAGCAAUGAAUGGAGCGAAAAAUCUUGUAUUGCCGCCUUUUCCUCCAGGGAGGGUUGAAGUCAUAGCUACUCUUGUUUUAUGUAACUUAAUGACCUUGUCAAGCUGUGAAAAUUGUUAGUACAAUAGGAAGGUUCUAGUCUAGUUGAGGCAGUUUUUUUCUUUUAAUUUGGAUAAUAUUUGUAAGUUCAUAUGUGUAAGUUCAUAUUACAGAAAAUGUGUUUUUGAAUAGUGCUUAAAUACAAUUAUUAUUGGAAUAUCGACCAAGGCUUUUCUGAUAA